UCUAUCUUUCUAUAUGUGCCUGCGUGUGCGUGUGUGUGUCUGUGUGUACAUAUCUAUCUCCUAGAGAGGGAUUAAUUAGCCGGGUUUGAGCUGAAAGAGGCUGCAGUGACGAGCCCAGUGGCGAUUGGCCGCCCGCCUGCCUGGCCCUGCCUUUAUAAUUUCCACACGAGUGCAUCUGGGCUCUUAUACAAACCAACAGCCAGCUUCUUCUGACAUAUACACACACACACGGCACUUUUUUCCACCAUCUGAUUAACCACCCUGCACACACAGAGUGAUUAAUACGGGAAAACAUAAAUAAAUACGAAGAGGUUUUAUUAUUUUGACUACUGGAAGCCUCGCUGUGUCUCAGUGCAACUUUUGUUUUUCUUGCUGCUGGGGAAGGUGCAGCUCUCGAUGCUUUCCUCUCACUCACGGACCCUUUAAAAAAAGGGGGAGGAAAAAUAUCGCCCCCUCCAGUCCCCCGCCCGCCCCCUCCCCCCCCACCUUCCCCCCCCCCCGCCACACACACUUCAAGACGGCUGAUCUAAAAAAGCAGGAAGAGAGCAUCUGAGGAGCAGCAGCCCCAGCGCAUUUUGAAAAAACAUUUGUUACAUUUCAGAGUGCAGCAGCCUGUUUCUCCUCUGAAGUUGGCUCCAGCCUUAGCAGCCGCAUUGGAUCCCACAGCCUAUUGCGAGACUCCGGUAUACAAUCCGGAUCUCUGCCCCAACAUGAUCGCGGCCCAGGCCAAGCUGGUGUAUCAUCUGAAUAAAUACUACAACGAGAAAUGCCAAGCCAGGAAAGCUGCCAUCGCCAAAACGAUCCGAGAAGUCUGCAAAGUGGUGUCGGACGUGCUGAAGGAGGUGGAGGUACAGGAGCCUCGCUUCAUCAGUUCUUUGAACGAGAUGGACAAUCGCUACGAGGGGUUGGAAGUCAUCUCCCCCACGGAGUUUGAAGUCGUGCUGUAUCUGAACCAAAUGGGGGUUUUCAACUUCGUGGACGACGGCUCCUUGCCGGGCUGCGCUGUGUUAAAGUUAAGCGACGGGCGCAAGAGGAGUAUGUCCCUCUGGGUGGAGUUCAUCACGGCGUCUGGCUACCUCUCCGCUCGCAAAAUCCGGUCCAGAUUUCAGACGCUGGUGGCUCAAGCCGUGGAUAAGUGCAGUUACAGAGACGUGGUAAAGAUGGUGGCGGACACCAGCGAAGUGAAGCUGAGAAUCAGGGAUAGGUACGUCGUGCAGAUCACUCCAGCGUUCAAAUGCACGGGGAUCUGGCCGCGGAGUGCUGCCCACUGGCCGCUUCCCCACAUCCCCUGGCCGGGACCCAACAGGGUGGCGGAGGUCAAGGCGGAAGGCUUCAACCUCUUAUCCAAGGAGUGCCAUUCUCUGGCCGGCAAGCAGAGCUCGGCCGAGAGCGAUGCCUGGGUGCUGCAGUUCGCGGAAGCCGAGAACAGACUGCAGAUGGGCGGCUGCAGGAAGAAAUGCCUCUCUAUCCUCAAAACCUUACGGGACCGUCACCUGGAGCUGCCGGGCCAGCCCCUGAAUAAUUAUCACAUGAAGACUCUGGUUUCAUACGAAUGCGAAAAGCAUCCCCGCGAAUCGGACUGGGACGAGUCGUGCCUGGGAGAUCGGCUCAACGGGAUUUUACUGCAGCUCAUCUCCUGCCUCCAGUGCAGGAGGUGCCCGCAUUACUUCUUGCCCAACUUAGACCUCUUUCAGGGCAAACCUCACUCGGCCCUGGAAAACGCGGCCAAACAAACGUGGCGACUGGCUAGGGAAAUACUUACCAACCCGAAAAGUUUGGAGAAACUUUAGAGGGUAACUAUAAAACCCGCCUGACCGAUAAAUCUGCUUAUUUGCCGAUGAAGUUUAAGCUGCCUGUUCGAAAAGUCAAGUAUUUCCACCAGAGAAUGCAAAUAAUAUUCUCUUUUUUAAAAGGAAUAUAACUUAGGUUAUUCACAAAGAAAAGCAAAUGAGAACACCAAGUAUCGUUCCUCUUAUCUUCGUCAGAGUUUUGCAAUUCCCCGUGAAAGAAAAAAAAAGAAAAAGAAGGAAAAAAAAAGAAAAAAGAAAAUGAAAAAAAAUAAAGUAUGUUACUCGGAAAGCAAAAUUGGCCGUAAUUUAACACGAUUGUGACCAUUCUGCCUAGAAGUGGUACCAACGGAUUAUAACAAAACCCGGUAUUUUUAUGUAAACCCUCUGUGAGUAAAAGCUAUUUGGAUAUGCCACCUGAACAAACCCUAAUGUACCUUUUAAUUUGUAUCAAAUAUUGUGAUCUCACAUUGUCUUUGAAAUUGUGGGUGUUGGUGUUUUGUGAUUUGGUGAACAGAAGUUAAAUUGCCAUUUUGGAUACUUCAAGGACAUUUUCUGCUAAAGAGAAGAUACCAUUUAAAAAGGUAGAUUUUAUCACGGUACUUUUGUUAAUUGUCUUUUGAAGUGUCUGAACUUAACAAGUUUACAUUUUUCGUUUCAUAUAUAUUGCUUGUUCUAUUUCUAACAUUCCAUAAAUAUACUUGAAAUGUUAUUUAAAUAUAUUCAAAAGAAAUUUGGAUUCUGCUUAUAUAAUAACGCUUGAAUAUUGGAAAUAUAUAUUUGAAAAUGCACUUGAAAUACACUGGAUAAUUACCUUUUGUGAUUUAGAUUUUAAUUUCUGUUGCUGAUUUAUUUAAUUACAAGCUAAUAAAUGAAGUAAAAUGCA